UUCUACCGAACAACAAAUUUCAGGGACAUAUUCCAGAGGCAGUAUGCCAUUUAUCUAAUUUGGUUCAAUUAAGUCUAGGUGAUAAUGAGCUCGUGGGGUUAAUUCCAGCAUGUAUAGGAAAUCUUAGCAUGCUACAACAACUUUAUUUGGGUUCUAAUAGAUUUUCAUCAAAAUUUCCCUCAAGUCUUUGGAAAAUGAGAGGUCUUCUCUUUCUAAACAUGUCACAAAAUUCUAUAGAAGGAGAAGUUCCGUCAGAUAUUGGAGGACUGAAGGCCAUUGUAGAACUAUAUCUUUAUGGUAACCACUUCUCAGGAAUGAUACCAAGCAGAUUCGGGCAACUCUCAAACCUGCAAAUUCUUGACCUAUCCAACAAUUCAUUUUCAGGUGCAAUUCCAUUAUCCUUUGCCAACUUGAUAAGCUUGGAAUUCUUGAAUUUGUCCUUAAAUGCCUUGUCAGGUACUAUUCCUAAGUCCUUGGAAAAACUCUCAUACCUUAAAGGCAUCAAUGUUUCAUUUAAUAAUUUAGAAGGUGAAAUACCCGGUGGCGGUGUGUUUGCAAAUUCCACUCUGCAAUCAUUUCUUGGGAACAACGGUCUAUGUGGAAUGCACAUAUUGGAGAUUCUUGUUUGUCCUAUCACUAAUCCUGCACAGCAAUCAAAGUCUAAGGAGCUUGUGCUAAAAAUUGUUAUUCCAACAGUUACUUCAUCAUUUCUGAUAUUCUUGUUGGUGUCAACUUGGAUUAUGAAACGAAAGAAGAAAGGGACGUCCAAAGAUGUUGAAUAUGUUCCGGAGAUCAAGACUUAUCAAUUAAUUUCUUAUCAUGAGAUUCAACGAGCAACAAGUAAUUUUGAUGGAUCAAAUUUAAUUGGUGCGGGAAGUUCUGGCUCUGUGUACAAAGCCACAUUAUCUAUCGGAACUGUUGUGGCCAUAAAGGUUCUGGAUUUGGAAAAUGAGCAAGUAUGCAAGAGGUUUGAUACCGAAUGCAAAGUGAUGAGAAAUGUUAGACACAGAAAUCUUGUCCCUGUGAUUACUACUUGUUCUAGUGAUUAUAUAAGAGCCUUUGUUCUCGAAUAUAUGUCCAACGGGAGCCUGGAGAAUUGGUUGUACAGAGAAGAUUGCCACUUGAACCUUCUCCAAAGAGUCACUGUGAUGCUUGAUGCGGCUAUGGCAAUUGAAUAUCUACAUCAUUGUAAUGAAACUCCGAUAGUUCACUGCGACCUAAAGCCAUCAAACAUUCUUUUGGAUGAGGAUAUGGUGGCUCAUGUUGGUGAUUUUGGCAUCUCCAAAAUUUUAGCGGUAAGCAAGUCUAUGGCACACACCAAGACAUUGGGCACUCUUGGAUAUAUUGCUCCAGAAUAUGGCUCGGACGGAAUAGUAUCCACUAGUGGUGAUGUUUAUAGUUACGGCAUCAUGUUGAUGGAGGUUUUGACCAAAAGACGGCCAACAGAUGAAGAGAUACGCAAUGAAAAUCUUGACUUGAGGAAGUGGAUAACACAAUCAUUUUCAGGAUCUAUGCUUGAAGUUGUGGAUGCCAAUCUUUUUCCCGAGGAAGAACAAAUCACUUCUAAAAGUGAAAUCUGCAUAGUUUCCAUGGUCGAAUUGGCUUUAGAUUGCACAAUGGAAAUUCCCGAAUCAAGAAUAACCAUAAAAGAUGUAGUCAAGAGGCUUAACAAAAUCAAGAACACAUUCCUGGAAAUGUAGAAGCUAGUAUCUCUUCAAGUGGUGCUAUUUCUCAGCUGCAAGUUAAUAUGUUGCGUUUUGUUUACUUGGUUUCUUUUGUAAAGUCGUUGUAUGGUACUACUUGGAGUCAUGUACUGCUUUUAAUUCAUAGUGUUGUCCUAGCAUUUGUAAUUUCAUUUGAACCUAUUUUAAUUUAUUUAUUUUUCUAAAUAAAAUUUAA